ACUUCCGGGGUGUGUGGCCCAUGCGCAGUCGCGCUCUGACUGCGGUGCGUUUGCGCUGGCGUCGCAGAGAGGCGGCAUGGCGGACCCAGAGGUGCUGGGCUUCGAGCACAUGGGUCUGGACCCCCGGCUCUUGCAGGCCGUCGCCGACCUGGGCUGGUCGCGCCCCACGCUGAUCCAGGAGAAGGCCAUCCCGCUGGCCCUGGAGGGGAAGGACCUCCUGGCUCGGGCGCGCACGGGCUCGGGGAAGACGGCCGCUUACGCCAUUCCGAUGUUGCAGCUGCUGCUCCACAGGAAGGCGACUGGCCCCGCGGUAGAGCAGGCUGUGAGAGGGCUCGUGCUGGUGCCCACCAAGGAGCUGGCGCGGCAGGCCCGGUCCAUGGUUCAGCAGCUGGCCGCCUACUGCGCUCGGGACAUCCGGGUGGCGGAUGUCUCCGCUGCUGAAGACUCAGCCUCUCAGAGAGCUGUGCUGAUGGAGAAGCCCGAUAUAGUAGUGGGGACCCCGUCUCGCAUCUUAAACCACUUGCAGCAAGACAGCUUGACCCUGCGAGACUCCCUGGAGCUGCUGGUGGUGGACGAGGCUGACCUUCUCUUCUCCUUUGGUUUUGAGGAGGAACUCAAGAGUCUGCUCUGUCACUUGCCCCGGAUUUAUCAGGCUUUUCUGAUGUCAGCUACUUUCAACGAGGACGUGCAGGCCCUCAAGGAGCUGGUAUUGCAUAACCCGGUUACUCUCAAGCUGCAGGAGUCCCAGCUGCCAGGGCCAGACCAGUUAAAGCAGUUUCAGGUGGUCUGUGAGACCGAGGAGGACAAGUUCCUGCUGCUGUACGCCCUGCUCAAGCUCUCGCUGAUCCGGGGCAAGUCCCUGCUGUUUGUCAACACGCUGGAGAGGAGUUACAGGCUGCGCCUGUUCCUGGAGCAGUUUGGCAUCCCCGCCUGCGUGCUCAACGGGGAGCUGCCACUGCGCUCCAGGUGCCACAUCAUCUCACAGUUCAACCAAGGCUUCUAUGACUGUGUCAUAGCGACCGACACCGAAGUUCUGGGAGCCCCGGUUAAGGGCAAGCGUCGAGGCAAGGGCCCCAAGGGAGACAGGGCUUCUGAUCCGGAGGCCGGCGUGGCCCGGGGCAUAGACUUCCACCACGUGUGCGCUGUGCUCAACUUUGAUCUGCCCCCUACCCCUGAAGCCUACAUUCAUCGGGCUGGCAGGACGGCUCGCGCCAACAACCCAGGCAUGGUUUUGACCUUGGUGCUGCCCGCUGAGCAGUCGCACCUGGACACAAUCGAGGAGCUUCUCUGUGGAGAGAAUGAGGCCCCUGUCCUGCUUCCCUACCAGUUCCGCAUGGAGGAGAUCGAGGCCUUCCGGUAUCGCUGCAGGGACGCCAUGCGCUCAGUGACAAAACAGGCCAUCCGAGAGGCAAGGUUGAAGGAGAUCAAGGAGGAACUUCUGCAUUCAGAGAGGCUCAAGGUGAGGGCCGGUGGGGGAGGGACUUGGCCUCUGUGGGGGACACAUGUGGCUCUGAGCAGGGAGCACGUGGGGCGCAGCUGCUCACAGGAGGGCCUCAGAAGGAAGAGCGAGCCUGCUGUUCGCCCGUGUCCCCUGCAGACAUACUUCGAAGACAACCCCCGGGACCUCCAGCUGCUGCGGCACGAUCUGCCUUUGCACCCUGCUGUGGUGAAGCCCCACCUGGGACAUGUCCCUGACUACCUAGUCCCUCCUGCUCUGCGUGGUCUCGUCCACCCUCCCAAGAAGCGGAAGAAGCUGGCCUCUAAGAAGGCCAAGGUCAAGAAGGCACGGACCCGGAACCCACUGCGCAGCUUCAGGCACAGAGAGGAGAGACGUAGGCCCACCGCUGUGCCUCCCUGAGGCUGUGUGUGCAGCCUCUGGUCUUGGGGAUGCGUUCUGGGGCUGAGCAGGGAGCGGAGGCCAGCUUCCCGCCCUGGAUGGUCUGGAUGGUGGGGCAGGCAGUGCCGUGGUGGUGCUGGUUCCUGGUGCCACCAGGCUGGCACUUUGUUCCUCGACAGAAUAAGGAUUUGGCUGGCCUGGCCUGUGCUUCCUCUCUGUGUGAAGGUAUGCUCAUCCCUGGAAACCUUGGGAAUUAAACCGCAUCCAGGAGGCGG